AUGGGAUCAGAUGCCACUUUGAAGUUUAUCGCUUUGAUCCGAAACUGGCUAAAUGUUAGAAUCAAGGUCUUCCACUAUGAUAAUGAGCGUAGUGCUGGUAAUGAGGUUGAAAAUAUGAUUGAAGCCGAAGGCUGCGUUAUAGAGCACUCACCUCUUGAGACACUAGAGAUAAACGGACUAGCAGAGAGAUCCGGAGGUGUAAUCAUCUAA